GGCUUCAGGACUGCUCUGAUACAGGAGGUGAGAGUCACCUAGCUGGGCCAUGCCUACCGCCAAUGUCCUGUUCCUUAGUAUUCAUGAAAUGCUCUGCUAGUGAUGUCACUGGAAUUUUCUGUAAGUCUGGCCCUCAGGAAGAAUCCAGCAGGGAAGCAGGAGCAGAGAGGAGAAAAAUAUACAGGAAGAUAGUUUCAUUCUCUUUGACCAACAGGUUAGGUUCUUGGGACAUUCUGGAUAGGAUAUAGAUUAGACUUCAUUUUUUAGCUAACCUUUUUCUAAAUCCAUGUAGAAUGAGUAUCAUCAUAAGUCCACUAAGAAAGGUGGCACAGUCCCUGGACUCCUCUAGGAAGAAAUUCUGUGAGCACGCAUCUCUCCUGAGUGCUUCGAUAUUGCACCUGUGUGAAACCAGAGUAAGGGGCAGGAUAGAGAACCCCCACCGGAGACCUCAGAGUGUGUGACGUUAAGCGUCCAUGGCAUUGAGGGGGGCACUGCGGCCAGCAUACCGGGCUUGAAGCUGGACGGUUGGGUCUGAGGACAAGGUUCUCCCUCACCAAUUUAGACUUCAGUAAGUCUCCUAACUGCUCCAGGCUCACCUCCUUCAUCUGCGAAUUGAGGACCAAUAAUGAUAACGGAAAGGAUGCUUCUCUCCCAAGGAAGCCACGAUGGUUCAGUAAAUUAAUGUGCGCGGAAACGCUUCGUCAGCUUGGAGCGUUCUGCUAAGGAAGAGCGUUGAACGCUCCUGUGUAUUCAAGGCCAUCUCAACGCGGGGGCCUAGAACGCCACACUCAGAGCAUGUGCUCAACGCAAGUGUACUUAUAAUGCCCUUUGGUAGCUACCUUUCAGAGAGCAUAGCCUUGUUCUGAAGCAGGGUAUAAACAUUAAAAAAAUUCUUUUUUUGUAUCACAGAACUCUUUGAAGAUCUGACAAAACCACUAACACACUCUCUCUUUCAAAAACCAAAACCAAACAAAACAGAAAUGCAGCAAAAAUUAACUGCGCUGGUACCCACACCCAGGAACACCCCAUAUAGAGUUUCUGGGGUCUCACGGUUUUCCUCCAACACCUACCCCAGCUUCAGCAAAUGCCUGUGCUGGGGAGUGAGAGGCUGCAGCUCUCCGAGUGAGGUCUGGGAGAGAAACAGGCUGUGCAGAGAAAUGAAGGCAAUAACGGUGUGGCCUAUUAGCCUGAGAACAAUCCUGGAGGGGACAUCCCUGAGAGCCUAAUGUACUCAGAGGAUGCUCUUGCAAAAGGAGUUUGUGUCUGGUUGUGACUAGUCUAUAUAAAUGAAAAAUGUGUUCCAGCGAAAGAAGGUCUGUCCUAUCCACGUGGCUGCCGUCUGCUCGCUAAGGCUUUUGUGCAGAAGUGGUGGUCCGGAUACCUGAAUCCUCGUGUCUCCACAAUGGGCUGCUAUCCGGUAACCGUGGCGAGGUCUCGUUACUGCAGGGCGAGGUGCCGGCAGGGCGCUGGCACGCCUGCUCAGGGUCCGGCUUAUCGAAGAUCUGACAGCCUCCUGCCAACGACCCUGGCUGUGUCGGCCCGGCCUCUCGCAGGGGACUGGAUUUUACCUCAAGCAACACGCGAGUUUUGGCUUCGCGGUGUUUUGGCCAUAGUGGCAGAAUUUCGUUUUGGAAGCAAGGUGUUCAGGACCAGAGCCAGCUCCGCCCAGGUGGAAACGUACAAAUCCACACCAAGAUCACAUCAAACCGAGUGAGACCACAUCCAGAAAUGGAAAACGAACAGGAGAGGAAAUAGAGCAGGAAAAGCAUCGUCCCGCUUGCCACAUCCAGCUGGGGCCUUCCAUGGAAGAGAAGCGAAGGCAUCCGCUCGGAGGCAGGCGGGCCUGUUGCUGGUAAGCUCACAGCGCGCCACCUUCUGUGUGCACGUGGUGGAUGGCACCGUGGCUCCUGGCUGUAAAUGUGCCCCCAGGAGAGCCGUCCCGCCUGCCCCGCUGACCAGGCCCACCGUCUCUGGGCUUCCAGAGAUCCGAGGCCUCCCGGCAGGCGGAUGGCGGGAGGCGGGCGUGUUGGCUGCUCUCCCCGCAGCUAGAUCAAGUGGCACAGCGCCCGCGGCGGGGAGGCGGCCACGCGGAGCCGGCGAGCGCUAUGCUCAGAAAGCUGCACUCCAUCUUUAACUCCGGGCCGCAGAGGAAGGCCGAGGUGGCCGCGGGGCCCGGCUCCGAGCCCGCCAGCCCCGCCGUGAGGCUCAUCCGCAGCAGCUCCAUGUACGUGGUCGGGGACCACGGGGAGACAUUCAGCGAGUCCUUGAAGAAGUACGGCGGCGGCAGCAUGGACAGCAGCCUGUGCUACCUGCAGCCGGAGGGCGGCCGGGCGUGGAUGUACUCGCGGCCGCAGGACUGUCUGCAGUACCUGCAGGAGCUGCUGGCCUUGCGCAAGAAGUACCUCAGCAGCCUCAGCGACCUGAAGCCCCGCCGCGCGCCGGGCCUCGCAGCUCCCUGCUCGCCGUCCCCCGGGUCCCCCGGGACACGCGCAAAGGCCCCCGGCCGGUGCGCCUCCAAAGAAGGAAAGGUAACAACCCCGAAGAAAUACUCCCAGUUCAGCGCAGAUGUGGCCGAGGCCAUGGCCUUCUUUGACUCCAUCAUUGCAGAGCUGGAGACAGAGAAGCGGCCCCGGGCUGCCGAGGCAGAGUCUCCGAAUGAGGACGUGGACUUCGAUGUGGCCACCAGCUCCCGGGAGCACAGUUUGCACUGCAACUGGAUCCUGCGGGCGCCACGCCGGCACUCUGAGGACAUCGCUGCGCACGCCAUGCACGCGACAGACGGCCAGUUGCGAAGGACCAUGGAGUGCAGGACCAUUGGCAAUCAGAGGAGACUCGAGAGGCACCCCAUCUACUUGCCCAAGGCUGUGGAAGGGGCAUUCAACACCUUGAAAUUCAAGCCCAAGGCCUGCAAAAAAGACCUGGGGAGCCCCAGACAGAUCCUCUUCAGCUUCUCAGGAGAAGACAUGGAAUGGGAUGCGGAACUCUUUGCUCUGGAGCCCCUGGCGUCUCCGGGGGAGGACCACCACGAGACUGAGAACCCCAAAGGGCAGUGGCUGCUCCAAGAGGAACUCUGGGAGCGAACAGUGCCCUGACUCCCUCCAGGCCCGGCAGCCUGACUCAGGCUGGGUCCCUGAGAAGGCGGCUGCUUCCAGUGCCGCACAGGUGUUUGGAAGGGUUAAAAAUGGAAGUCGGAACCAAGUCAAGCCUGUGAGCCCAUCGGCGCUGCCCGCUGGUGCCCAGUUAGUGCCAAACACACCUGCGUCUCCCAGAACCUGCCUGAGGAGGCUCUGGAGCCUGGCUGGCCUGGCAGCACAGGUUAGCGGGUAGGUCCAGCCUGGCUGGUCUU